AAAGUCAAUGUCAAGACAGUCCUUGAACAAUCAAACCAAAAUGUCCAAGUUCACUUUCUUGUUCCUCUUCGCUCAAGCUCUGCUCAUCCAGAGCAUCUACAGCCAGUGCGUGCCCGUCAACAGCUGCGGUGCAUACAACGGACUUGGCGGAAUCUACAAUGGCCUUGGUGGUCUGAACAAUGGUAUCAUUGGGAACGGCUACGGCGCAUACGGAGCCUCAAGCUACGGCGGAUACGGAGGCUCGGGCGUCGGUGAGAUCGCCGCUCUUGGCCAACUGGGAGUCGGAGGACAGACCUACAUCAACGGAAACCUGCCGACCAGUGGUGCUGUCUCCUUCAGCGCUGAGCUCCCUGCCGCUGGCCUCGUCACCAUCGUGGGCAACAACCCCGGCAUCUGCAGCUGCGCCUGCCCCGGACUCAACUACUACUACUAAAUGCUGAUCAAUUUGACCAAUAAUUAAAUAAUGCAUUCAAACAAA